CCCCAAAAUCGACCGUUUCAGGCUUCCUUUUUCUGUACCCCUUCUCUCUCCCAGGUCCCACUCUCUCUCCUCUCUCCCCUUUUUCUGCCCGAGGAAAGAAGAGAUGGAGGCGCUCACUAGUGCAUAAACUCUGUUAAUCAUUCGAACCCUAAAGCAAUUCUCUGAAUACAAAGAAAAAAAAUAUUCGGGAUUUUCUUCUCCGAUAAUGGGUUGUUUUCUUGGAUGUUUUGGCGGCGCGAAGGAUCAGAGACGCCGGAGACAGAGGGUUAAUCGGGGCAGCCCCCAGCGUCAAAGAAACCAAGUUCAGAAUGUUCACCAUGAGAAAACAGUCAUAUCUAAACAGCCAUUAAAGGAGACAAUCACCAUAUCUGAACAGUCAACCAAAGAGACAAUUACAGUAUCAGAACAACCAUUGAAAGAGACGAUUGCUGUCACAAACUCGGUUCCUGAGUUGCAAACUACACCUGAAGCAGUGGAGCAAACGAGCCCGAGCCCGAGCCCGAGUCGUAGCCCUAAGAAAAAAGUUACAUUUAACUCGAAUAUCACGACAUACAAGCACAUCCUAGUCCACGACAGCAUCGAGUCUCUGCCCGAGUGCUCUAAAAAUGUCGAGAAUGAGAAAGAACAUGAACGCUCGAAAACAUCAAGCCAAUCAAAUUCGAUAUCAUCAGAUGAUAAUUCCAUCACGUCCAGCGUGGCAUCAUACCCUCCCAAUCACAGGUACCACAAUGCAAGGGACAGUGAUGAUGACUUGGAUGAGAGUGAUGAUGACUUGGAUGACGAGUAUGAUGAAGAAGACGAUUAUGAUGAAUAUGAUGAGGAAAUUGAUGCCAAAAUUCCCGGCCAUGACAUUUGCUCUGAACCAUAUAUUACAGAAUCAGUUGAGUCCAGGACAGGGAAAAACCCCUUUUCACAAGCUGCUGAUGAUGAUGAAGAAGAAGAAGUAGAGAGUAGUCCUAUUGUGCUUGGUGAAGGGUCAAAAGGCAAUGCCCGGGAUAGAAGUGAUUAUCUUAAUUCGGUGCUGAGCCCCGUGGAAAAUAUUACUCAGUGGAAAGCUGUGAAGUCAAAAGGGAAGAAGAAUCUCUUGAGACCUCAGAAGGAGAAUUUGACUGCUGCUGGUAAUCUCGAUCCACCUCGUCUGUCUUUAAGCUCGGAACCAAUUAUCAAGAAGAAAACCAAUCAGUCGAGGAAAAAUGGAGAAGUGGCGGUGGACGCGAGUCUCUCGAACUGGCUUUCUUCGCCUGAAGUCACGCCACCCAAAACCAGUAAUUUUGGUGGUUUUGAGACAAAUGUUUUCGAGAAAAAUGCAUCUGAAGGGAGUAUUUCUGUCAGGAGCUUUGAGGAUCGACCGAUUUUAGGUGCACUGACGGUUGAGGAGUUGAGACAGAUUUCAGCAACUAACUCUCCACGAAAGUCUCCUAGUCGAAGCCCUGAUGAGAUGCCGAUUAUAGGGAGUGUCGGGACAUACUGGAAUGACUCGAGUUCGAAAAAGCAUUCUGACUCGUCAUCUUUUAAGGGAAUACCGAACACGACCAGCAAGUACAGAGAGGAUAAGAGAGUUAAUUGGCACUCUACGCCUUUUGAGACAAGACUGGAUAGAGCUCUUUUGAGUCGAGGUGCAUCCUAGUGGAGUUUGUGAGAUGGUUUUUUAAUAGCUUCGUUUGUGGUUUGCUUUGUUGAGAAGUUUGUCGCUGUUUGUGAAAGUGCUGCGAAUUAUAUAAAUUGAUUCUUUGCCCUGUAUCAUUUGACAUUGUAAUUCUUUGCUUGUGAAAUUGAAUUGAUUUGGAUGUAUUUAUUGGUUUGGUUUGUUUUGAGGCAGAUAAGCAUUGUACUUUGUUUUGAUUUCUUGAGAUGUUGUGCAGCAUUUGUAGAAAAUUUCC